AUGGCGGACUCCGUGCUAGAAGUUGUAGGGAAGCUGCAAUCGCGGCUCUCUCUCAAUGCAGAGCCCAAAAAGCUUCAUAAGACCCUGAAGAGACUUGCUGAACUGCCAAUUACUGUUGAUAUCUUGGUGGAGACCGGGGUUGGCAAGACAGUGAACGGUCUACGGAAGCACGAAAUAGUUGGGGAUUUUGCAAAGAACUUGGUUGCUCAGUGGAAGAAACUUGUCCCACAAGAUGCUCCAAGAGCGGCAGAACCUGAGGAACGAGAGUCCAGCAAAUGCAGUGCCAGGAAGCGACCAAGAUCUCCGUCUCCAUCUCCAAGAGAGGAUUAUGACGAAGAAGAAAUUGAAAAUGAAGAAGAACUUCAGUCAUAUCACCAAAGGGACGAAAGGCAUAGGACAAUGAGUGGUUCCCAUAGCAAUUUCAGGAAGGAAGAGGGUAGUUGUCAAAGGUAUUCUGAGCAGGAGGAAUCAGAUGAUGGGCAGAGCUACUCCCCAGAACCUUCACAUAGUCCUGUAAAUUUAUACAAAGAGAAAACACAUCACAAACCAGGAAAACAACAAAAAUCAUCACAUAGAGAUAAGCACCAACAAGAAGCCAAGAAUGUAGAACCAGAGAGGAAGAAAGAGAAAUCCUCUUCAAAGGAGGCACAUCGAGACCAUUCAUCCUUUGCAGGAAGCAGCAGAGAUAAAUUGACUCAUGAAAGUAGAGAGCAGUCUGGUAAGAAGGAGAAGAGUAAACAUAGUGGGUCCAGGAGUCAGGGUGAUGAUCAAAUGGAAGUUAAAAAGCAAAAACACCUAGACAAAUCAAAAUCUGAGAAACCAAAGUUGUCUGUGGAUAUACAACCUGUAGAAAAAUCUAAGAAAUUAAUGGAAAGAGAUGAAGAUUAUUCAGGCAGAGAGAAGAUAGAUAAGAACAAGGUCAAAUCUAAAACUGUUGAGCAGGUACCGCAGGAAAAGAAAUCCAUAAAAAUCUCUCUGCCAAGCACAGAUCAAGACUUGGAAGAUGAAUUCGAAAAGCCACAAAUGUCUUUUGAAUCAUAUUUGAGUUAUGACCAACCUCAGAAAAAGAAGAAGAAACCAGUAGUGAAGCCCUCAGCCACCACACCAAACAAAAACAGCAAGAAGCCAAGUGAGAGCCGAGCAGAGAGCACGAGCAAGGGCGUCUCAAAACCUAAAUCCGAGCCAGCUGUAGCCAAGAAGGACAAGACCUCUCAAAAGCCAGUCACAAGCAACAAGAUUGACCAAGUUCCUGUAUUACCUGAUAUAGCAUUGCCUCUCAUACAGCCAAAUUAUCGUCCUCUUCCUUCUAUUGAACCUGUAGUAUAUGCACCCACUAAGCGGAAAGCGAUUUCUGUCCUGGAUGAUGAUGAGUCCUCUGGAUUCACUGGGAAGAGAUUAAACUCCAAAAUGCAAGUGUACUCUGGAUCGAAAACUGCCUACCUGCCUAAAAUGAUGUCACUCUACCAGCAGUGCAUCCGUGUCCUAGCCAACAAUAUAGACUCUAUAUAUGAAGUUGGGGGUGUCCCUUAUUCAGUGCUGGAGCCAGUCCUAGAGAAAUGCACCCCAGAACAGCUGUAUCGUAUUGAAGAGCAUAAUCAUGUGCUGACUGAAGAUACGGAUCGCCUCUGGAUGAAUCACUGUCAGAGAGACUUCAAGAAAGAUAAUCCAGAGGAGUUUGAGUCUUGGAGAGAGUUGUAUCUUCGUCUUCAUGAAGCUCGGGAGGAACGGUUGCGAUUGUUGACCCAGAACAUCCGUUCUGCUCAUGCCAAUAAGCCUAGAGGUCGACAAGCUAAAAUGGCAUUUGUGGAUUCAGCUGUAAAACCACCACGAGACGUACGCCGAAGGCAGGAAAAAUUUGGGACAGGAGCUGCUGCUGUGCCAGAGAAGAUGAGGUUUAAGCCUUUCACACCCGUCACUAGUAGCAGCAGUGGAGGGAACAGCAGUAGUAGCAAUCAGGUAUCUGCAGAGGAUUCUCGAUCAUUUGAAGGACCAAGCACCAGUAGCACAUCAUCAACGCCUAGCAGUGUUCAGCAUGGACACAACCCUCGGAAACCACAAGUCAAGAAAGUUGCUCCGAUGAUGGCCAAGACUAUACAAGCUUUCAAGAACAGGUUUUCUAGAAGAUAAAGCAAAAAGAAACCAACAACAAAAAAAAGAACUGUGUUGCUUUUGUGAAUUUAAGUGGGGAGCAAGAAAAUACCCUCUAUGAAUUUGCAUCAGAGGUUCUACCAGCUCCAAACAGACCCAUCUUCCUCUGGACCCAAACUCUCAUUUGAUGCCAUUUGCAAAACAUGCAACGUCUUGUUUAUUUAAACGGUUUUAAUAUAUUCUCCUCCUCCUAUUUAUGGUCCCGCUGGAUUCUAUUUUAUUUCUUUGACCUGAUGUUGGUAGACUUGUACUUACUACUUCCUCUUACUGUGAUAUUUUAACUGUACCCAGUUCUGGUCCAGUUCUGGCAACAUUGGACCAGGUCUUUACUGUAGACUAAAAUUAUGUAACUAAAACACAGUAUUUGUGAGCCACCUGCCUACAAGGUGGAAUGUUAUACUUUAAACUAGUCAUAUGAAUGUCCAUUGGAAUUAGUUAAUAUUCUAGAAAAAACAAUGGGAUUAUUUGUAAAACAUUAGAUGUCUAAACCACUUCUUAAUUUUAUUUUACAGCAUUGGGUGCAGUAUACCUCCAUUUUUCCCGGAAAUUACUCUCCCAUUUUAGGACAAACCUAGUGUUACACGCAGUUCCUGUAUUUUUUAUCUUUUUUUUUAUGCUUUGUUUUUUGUUUUGUUUUGUUUCUAACAAGGUCUGGUGUUUUUGUAGCAGUCUGUCAUUGAUCUGAUAUUUUGGUGUUGCAGUGUCAUGUAAUGUUGAUUGUGGCAUUUUAAUUUUGCGCAGAUGUACUUUGGUCUUUUACCAACAAUCAAUAUGUGUUUACACACACCCUGCGAAAUGUUGGAUCAAGUAGGAUGGAAGAUAAAUUCUACAUCUAAAAGUAUCAGUUUUAGGUACUCUUGGAAUCCUCUAAACUAGUAUUGCCAUAUUUAUUUAUUUUCAUUUUCUUUCUUAUUGAAAAUGAAUGAGAAGUAUUGCACCAGUUGCCUAGAGGUGAAGUACAUGCUGACCCUGCUUGCAAUACCUCUACAUUCGUUUUUAAGAAUGUUUUAUGAGGCAGUAUAAACUAUUAUUACACUCACUAAAACCCAUUGUGAUAAUGGUGGCCGGCAUUUGUUCCACUCUUGCAAAGAUAUGUCCUGAUUUUAAUUCUGUACACUGGCCAAGCACUACUGCCUGACGUCCUAUCACAUCCCAACACAGUGGUUCUUAACCUUUUUGGUAUAUAAAUUGUAUUGGCCUAGAAACCCCUUCUUUGUUUUUAAUAAAAUAGAUACUGAAAUAAAUUCUAAAAAAAAACGUAUUCGACCUUUUCUAGUUUUAAAUGGUUUAAAAUGGUCGCCCAUUUUCUAGGGAUGGCCAUGCUGCUAUUGUAAACAGUUUAUGGUCUAACAUAUAUAUGAUCAUGUUUUAAAUAAAAUGGGGCCUAUGAAUUAUUGCAUAGAACUCUUAUUAGGGUUGCUGCAUUGCUAUAUUUACAUAGGAUGCUUAUCAGUACUGCAGACUGUAGGCAGGGUUUAAAGUAUUUCCAACAAUGGGAGUUAUAGGGGAACCUGUCAAAAAGGGUAUCUUUAAGUGCAGAGCAUACAUGUCAUGCUGGCCUUCCCUCUCAGGUUUGCCCAUGCGCAUCACACUGGUGAAACACUCUGUAUAGAAAACAAACUGAGGACAGGGCAGGAGCCAAAAAGGGACGGUCUCAUUGAAUCUAAGGCUCUUAGGGGGAUAAAUUCAUAUAUGCCUAGUGUGAUGUUAGUAAUUACUGCUAUCCUGUCCCAAACACAACUGGAUUAACAAUAUCUCACAAUCUACCAGCGUCCUUAAAGAAACACUGGCAGGAUCCAUUCUUUUUCCACCUGCUUACUGCUAUUUAAGGAACAUGUGUUUCAGAACCCGCACUUGCUGGCCGAAAUUAAUGCUACUUUGCCCUAUUGGUCAUUCAUUGUGACAUGGCUUUGGUUGGGUAAGUGCCUAUGCCUGACCAAUGGUUACCUAAAUGACAGCAUUCAGGUGACAAAAGAACCUGACAAGUGUUUCUAUAAACAAGGAUUAAGAACCACUGAUGUGACAUGACCUGAGCCAUGCCUGGGAAUUUUCCUUCUGGAAACCUAGCCUGUCAAUGCAGUUGUAAGCCUAAAAUCAGCAGCAGGUCCCUGGGUUUCAUGCGGAAUUAUUUUACUUUUUUUUUUGUAAAUAAUAUUUUUGUGGUUUCAAGGAGAUUGAAUAUUUUAAUUAGACUGAUAUAUGCAAAUUGAUUUAUUUGGAUCU